CUCUCGAAUUCGCAUAUAAAUUACACUCCUAAUCCUAGUAUACUUCCAAACAUCUCUUUCUCCCCUGAAAUAUACACACAAACAAUUAUAAUUUGAUUGAAGACAGCAGAGAUUUAUACAACAUAAGACAAAGAGUGCAGCAGUUAGGCAUGGCUGGGAACAAUUUACAAGUUCUCAAUGCUCUGGAUGUUGCGAAAACACAGUGGUACCAUUUCACUGCAAUUAUAAUUGCUGGGAUGGGAUUUUUCACUGAUGCCUAUGAUCUCUUCUGCAUUUCACUGGUGACUAAAUUGCUUGGCCGCAUAUACUAUCAUGUCGACGGAUCAGGGAAGCCAGGCUCUUUGCCUCCUAAUGUGUCUGCUGCUGUCAAUGGCGUCGCGUUGUGUGGGACGUUAGCAGGGCAGCUGUUUUUUGGCUGGUUAGGUGACAAAUUGGGAAGAAAGAAAGUGUAUGGAUUGACAUUGAUGCUUAUGGUGCUCUGCUCAAUUGCCUCUGGCCUUUCGUUUGGGGAUGAGCCCAAGGCAGUCAUGACAACUCUCUGUUUUUUUCGGUUCUGGCUUGGUUUUGGGAUUGGUGGUGAUUACCCUCUUUCGGCUACCAUUAUGUCUGAGUACUCUAAUAAGAAGACGCGAGGGGCGUUCAUUGCUGCUGUGUUUGCUAUGCAGGGAUUUGGGAUUUUGGCAGGGGGGGUUUUCGCUAUUAUACUUUCUAGUGCCUUUGAUGCGAAAUUUAAGGCUUCAGCUUAUGAGAUGGAUCCGGUUGGCUCAACUGUCCCCCAGGCGGAUUAUGUUUGGAGGAUUAUUUUGAUGGUUGGCGCGCUUCCUGCACUACUGACAUACUACUGGAGGAUGAAGAUGCCUGAAACUGCUCGAUACACGGCCCUUGUGGCAAAGAAUGCAAACCAGGCUGCGUCAGAUAUGUCAAAGGUUCUGCAGGUUGACAUUGAGGCUGAGCAAAAGAAGGUGCAAGAAAUUGGGGAGAAAGAAGCUAAUUCAUUUGGUUUGUUUUCAAAGGAGUUUCUGACUCGCCAUGGGCUUCACUUGCUUGGCACAACAACGACAUGGUUCUUGCUGGACAUCGCGUACUACAGUCAGAACUUGUUCCAGAAGGACAUCUUCAGCGCGGUUGGUUGGAUUCCUGCAGCUAAAACUAUGAAUGCAAUUCAUGAGGUUUAUACGAUUGCAAGGGCACAAACACUCAUUGCAUUGUUUAGUACUGUUCCUGGUUACUGGUUCACAGUGGCUCUAAUCGAUAGGAUGGGAAGGUUUGCUAUUCAGUUGCUUGGUUUUUCCAUGAUGACCAUAUUUAUGUUUGCCCUGGCAAUUCCUUAUGACCACUGGACACACUCAGGCAACCAUAUAGGAUUCGUGGUUCUUUAUGCAUUGACCUUCUUCUUUGCCAAUUUUGGACCCAAUGCCACCACAUUCAUUGUGCCUGCGGAGAUUUUCCCUGCUAGAUUAAGGUCGACUUGCCACGGAAUAUCAGCUGCAUCUGGAAAGCUUGGAGCAAUAGUAGGUGCUUUUGGAUUCUUGUACUUGGCUCAAAACAAAGACAAGGCAAAGGCGGAUGCAGGGUAUCCUGCUGGCAUAGGUGUUAAAAAUUCGCUUUUGCUGUUGGCCUUCGUAAACCUUUUGGGGACAUUGUGUACUUUUAUGGUGCCCGAAGCCAAAGGAAAAUCUUUGGAAGAGAUGUCAGGUGAGAAUGAGGAGGAUGAAGCUGAGGCACAAAGUGUUUCUCGGGUGCCUAUAUAAUAACUCUGGGAGCAGUUAUCGUCUUAGAGUAUGUUUGAUGAAAGUUUUUUCUCAUAGUUAAAAAGUUGAUCAAAAUUUUUGAUUUCAAGUCAGAAAUUCAAGGAAUUCAGCAACAAAUGUAGCAGUUGGAAACAUUUGUAAUUUUAAAUUUUGCUAUCUUGUCUUUGUUUUAAUUGUUA